CAGGAGCGUCACGGCAGCGCGGGAACGAGAAAAUCGAACUGUGCUGCCGUUGGGGCGGGUGGGGGGAGGAGCAAGUUGCUGCUGCCGCCGCCGCUGCCAGAGAAGAAUCCGAGUGAGUCCGUUUGUGUCUCUCCCCCCCGCCCCCGCCGCCUCGCGGCAGCACGGCAAGCAGGUAUACAGAGACGGCGCUUCCGCGGUGUGGGAGGCGAGGGGAGUCCCACAAAAAUCUCAAAUAUGACAUCAAACUCCACCAAAGAGAUGAAUAUCGGCAAGUGGGGAUUAAAAUCUGGAGAUUCCAAAUCUGAAACCGAGUUGCAGCUAUAUAAGAGAGAAAAUGCAACCUUGAAAAAAUCUUUGGAAGAAAUCCUUAAGGGCAAAAGCAAAAUGACACCUGAAGAAAGGAAAAGACUUCUGGAGAAAAUACUUGCCCUUGAAACUGAAAACGAAAAAACAAAGAAAGAAUUCCAGCUCCUGAAAGACAAGCUGAAGAGCAGAAGCAAAAAUAAUGAGGUUGCUAGUCUAUUUGGUCAGCUAGAAGAGAAAACAAAGGAAAUAGCGAAGAGAGAACAGCUACUUACGUCUCUCUCAGAAGAGGUGGAUCGUUUGAAAAACCAAUUAUCUGCAGUUACUACAAAAUGUGCAGAACUUGAAAAUAGAGCUAGUAAUCUCCAGAUUUCCCAGGAAGCUGCUGCAGUCUGUUCUGGAUCACCAAGAAAUGUAAAUGAAGUUGAAAUCUGCCUGAAAGAUGCUUUGGAGAAAAACCAACAGUGGCUGAUAUAUGACCAGCAGCGGGAGGCCUACGUCCAUAGCCUUUUGGCAAGAAUCUUUGAACUAGAGCAACAGUUAGAAACUUUUAACCAAGAACAAGCAAAAGGAACCAUGGCAGAAGGAGAAAAACAAAUAUAUUAUGAACAGAUGUUGGCAGCUGCCAGAAACGAUCUUGAGGCUGAAAGGCAAACUACAGCCCAGCUGCAUUCUGACCUUAAUGAAUUCAAAAGGAAACAUGAGCAGGAGGUGAUGAAUUUAAAUAGCAUGCUUCAGUCUCAACAGCAGGGUGACCUGCAGGCUCUUCAGGAGGAAAACCACAUCAGAGGACAGAUGCUACAGAGGCUUACCUUGGAAAAUGAAGUUACCAGAGAAAAACUAGAAGAAGAAAGAAAACGGUCUCAAGUUCUCUUAUCUCAGGUUGAACUGCUUCACAGGUCUUGGUUAAACCAGCAAGAGGAUCCAAGGAUAGCCAUUUUGGAACAACAGAUCCAGGCAUGCAUGUCUAGCUUUGAAAAUGAAAAGCUUGAUCGUCAGAACUUACAGCAUCAGUUGAAUAAAGUUCUUAAAGCAUUGCAUAAGAAGCUUCCAGAGCAUGGUUGUAAAGAAGCAUUGCACAACUUCCAGACUGCCUUUGAAGACAAACUAAUCAUACAAGACAAAAGUUCUUCGCCAAAACGUUCAGAUCUUCUUAAUGAAAGUUUCCUGGAGUGUCCCAAGUGCAAAGCACAAUAUCCUACAAGUCAGCACAGAGAGUUACUAACUCAUAUUGAUAACUGUGAAGAUUAAACACAAGGGCAAACCUGUAAAUGUGUCUUCUUUGCACCCAGAUGUUUUAACUAAAAAUAUUGGCUUUUUAAAAAACAGCUCCUCAAGAUUCUAAAGGACUUCAAUUAAUACUCCAGCUAAAACGCUUAAUUAUAUUAUCCUUUUUUAAAAAGGGGUGGGGGGAAUGAUCUUCGCAAUGAUGACGACAAAAGCAGUGAACAACUUUGUUUCAAGCAUGAUACCUUAAAUCCUAAACUACUGAUUGUAUUUGCACUGUUAGGGCCAGCAGAAAUGUUCAAUUAGUUUGAUCUAGUUUCCAUAGCCAGAUAGUCCAUGCAAUAAAUAAAUAAUAAAUGUGCAAAAUAGGACUGGCAAUCUUGAGGACAGCUGCAGUUUGACUAGAAGAUUAAUAUAUUCUGCUACAUAUUGUCUGCCUUCAGAAAUGUUUCUGUAUUUCAUUAUCUUGGGACCCUCUAAUAUUUGCAGAAAGAACGGUCUCUAAUAUGACUCUUUGAGGGUGUAGACCAUACUUUUUUUAGUGAGGGAAGCUGUACUGGCAAUCAGGUGUAGCUGAAAAUAGCUACAGUAGUCAAUUUUCUAACUUGAAUUUUAAAAAGUGUCGUAAGUAUGAAUCCAAACUGGAUAGCAUCAAUGUGCCCCUUGAGCUUGUUGCAGCCAUUUUGUUUCUUCGAAACACAUUCCUGUUUGCACUCCAGUAUCCCGCAGCUAAAAGCUAGGGAUAUAAUUUAUCAGGGAACAUGUAUAAGGAAAUUGCUUUAAAAAUAAAAUUGGCGAUGCCUGUGA